CUGUACUCUGUACUCCACCGUAUCGUCUUUAACAGUCUAACCUGCGCAAAUUAAACCACACACCAAGAAGCACCUCGUCCCAGGAAUACCGCGGCUUAGUUCAAAGCAGAUUCCCAGGUGGACGUUCCCGUUGAAAGAUGAGUUGACAGUUCAAACAAGCUCUACCUCCUUGUGAAAGACACUGUAACGAUGUGUAAACCUCUGUUGGCGUAGCUUUCUACAUUCCUUCUGUCACUGUGGACUUGGCAAAUUUGUUUCUGCUCUGCCGUCGAAGAAACAUUUUCACAAACGUGAUGACGGAAAUCAGCGAAAAGGAGAAUGAACCGCAACACCUCCACCGACCACAUCAUGCUACCGUGCCGAGCCAACCUGAAUCAAAGUUGCAGCGGUUGAAGCGCUCUCUGUCCUUCAAAUCUGUCAUGCGCAGCAAAAGCAUGGACAACUUUUUCCAGCGCAGCAACGGGGAUUCUCGGCCUCCCACAGCCCUCAUCACCGUUCCUCCACCUCCACCAUCUCCUCCCCCCUUUACCGAAUCCCCCCUGGCCUAUGAGCGUUCUCCCCCUCAGUCGCCGUCCGUCAGUCCCAACGCCUCAUUGUCCUCACACUCACCGUCCAUCAGUCCCUCGUUGUCAGUGACCUCAAAAGGCCAGCCAAAGUCUCAGGCCCAGCCGGUCAAGACCCACUGUUUCCAGGAGCAUGUCUUCCGUAGACCCACCAGCUGCCAGAGGUGUAAACAUAUGAUCCAAGGGAACUCCAAGCAGGGGCUGCGUUGUAAAGCGUGUAAGAUGGCUGCCCACCUCUGGUGCUCGUCUGAGCUCUCCCAGCAGCCCUGUAAUGGCAAGACGGGAGCGUUCAAGAGAAACUUCAGCUCACCUCUGCUCACAACUGAUCAGCUGGGUGUGGUCAGAGAGGCUCCGGCUGCACAGGAGGCAGAUAAUAGCAUUCUUGACCCUGUGUAUGAGGCACUGCGCUAUGGGACGUCACUUGCUCAGAUGAGUCGCUCCAGCUUCAGCAGUAUCUCAGAGUCACCGUGUCAUGAGGCAGAGGAAAAUCCAGAUAAAGUAGAAAACCAGCCAAUAGCUGAAGAGGAACAAAUACCGGGAAUGCUCACCCCUCCUGAAAGCGAGAAGGCUGAUUCAGAAGACAGGGUCAGCCUGAAGACUCCAAAGAGAGUCGAGGUUCACUCCAUCCACACCUACGUGGCUCUCUACAAGUUUCUGCCUCAGGAGAAGAACGAUUUGGAGCUACAGCCUGGUGACAGAGUUCAAGUUACAGAUGACUCCAACGAGGAUUGGUGGAAGGGGAAAAGCAGAGACAAGGUGGGAUUGUUCCCGGCCAACUUUGUGCAGCGGGUCCGUCCUGGUGAGCGGGCGUGGAAGGUCACGGAUGGUUUCCACGGCAACCGAGACAAAGGCCAGAUGACUGUGAAAGAGGCCCAGAUCUGUGUUGGUAAAAACGAGGAGAUUGACGGUUUCCUCCGGCUGAGCAGUGGGAAAAAGAGAGGCUUGGUCCCUGUGAAGUGUCUGCUAGAAAUAUGAUGUCGGCCCUCUUCACCUUGACCCCCAGCUUCGGAAAGAAGUUCACAAUGAUGGAGGAAUACUCAGAGGAGUGUUUGCCCAGCACCCUCACUGACCACCAACCAAAAACACCUCCACCCCUCCGAAACGUGGCAGUGAAUAAGCAGCUUGAGUGGAUGACGACCCACAACUUUGCUUUUUCUCUGUGGAAGAGUUUAAAGGUUAAAGGAAGGACAGGAGGGGCUUCUUCAAAGUUCUUCAGAGCUACUUUUCUCGUAGCACAACUUGACUUUGUGUGGGUUUUAUACACAAUAACAACAGCUAUGUAGCAUCAUGUUGAAGAUGAUAGUACACAGGAAGUCUGGCUACCUCACUAGCCAUUUCCAUUGGCCAUUUGUAUGCGAAAAAAUGGGGACUACUUUACUAUGAUGUCAUGGCCUGUAAAGGGACUUAAUGUGCAAACUGUCUUCAUUUUACUGUUUGUGUAGCAAAAACAAGACAAAAGAGAUUGUGAAUGAUUCUAGCUGUUUGUUCUAGUGGCCUCUGCAAUUACCUGAUUUGGCUCAACUAAGAGUGUAAACUACAAAGAUCCAACUCCGAUGAGCACUUUUAGAUCCAUGAUGUGCAUACGUCUCCCUCCUGAUCUGGCUAGAAAAGGAUUCAGGUAUAACAUUGCGUUUUUUCUAAAAAAAGGUUUAAAACAGAGUCUUCUCCUCCACAUAUUGGUCAAAUGAAAGUCAUUAUGCACCACCACACACACUCUCUCUCUCUCUCUCUGGGUAUUACAGUACAUUUGUGCUUUUCACAGCUCCGAUGUGACAAAUGCUUUGCGUGCACCUGAGGGAGCUUCUUUCUCAGUACGCCCUUCAAUCACACUCCCUUUACGCGCACUCACACACAUCGAUUUAAUAUUUAUAGCGCCGCUUUGUUCCACGUUACUCUCAAGUUAGCCACAAGGUUCUACUUCCUGUCAUUAUCUUCUCUACGUUGUUUAUGACACGUAUGUUAUGUCCUGUGAUAUUUGCUGUCAUAUCUGGUUGUGAUCUAGAGGACGUGUGGACUUUGCUGAUGUUCUUACCUUUCUCGCAUGGAAGAGCAGAGCAAAGUUUUGCUGUAUUUAAGGUUGAUGGGUAAAAAAAAACUCAGUGUUUUUAUCAUAAACGUAGGUGGAGGUUGUCAAACGUUCAGUCUCAUGUUCCUAAAUUCAGCCAGCAAAAAAAAAAAAAAUGUGCUGAAGUUUUGAAAAAUGAUUGUUUCUCCCAGCACACACAUGAUUUUCCUUUAAGUCACUCUGAGACACUGUUUAUGUUGCUGUUGUUGAAAGUGAUAAAAGGAAAAUUUAGCGCACACCACUUGAUUUAUUGCUCCGUCAUUAUAAACUGUAAGGCAAUGACAAACUGCAUUUGUUGCGGCAAUAAAUGUAAAUAAGAAACAUGA